GGGAGACACCCGCAGCAGCCACACCUCCCAGUUCCUCUUCCGGAAUGAGGGGCGCGUGGAGUCGGAGGAAGAGACAGUCCUUGACAACGGCGCGGUCGGAUCCCCCAAGAUCGUGCUGACCAGCCCCAAGUCUAAGUCCUCGUCUAACUCCAACUCCUCCACAACCUCCUCCAAACACAACAACAACAACAACAGCAACAGCAACAACAACAGCAACGGUCAGUCGGGCAUGCCCAGAGCUCAGACAUACGACUCCGGCGUGGGUUGCCCGGACAGUGCGCGGUCCGUGGACUCGGGCCGAUCCGUGUGCAGCCCGCACCAGAAGAAAGCGAUCGAGAUCGUUCAGGACGACGACGAAAUCACGGUAGUGGUCAAAGGUGACGUCAGUGUGCGGACCACGGGAGACGGCUGCGAGCCCGGCACGCCCAGAAAGUUCAUCAUCUCCACCUCCAAAAAUAACUGCAGCCAUUUUUUCGGGAGCUCCGGAAAGGGAAAAGUCGUGGCGGGAACUGAGCAAACUUCUGGAAUAAACGGAGCUGCCAACGCUGACGGCGACCACUCCCAGUAUGUUGACCAGAACGACGGGACCUACAACAACAACAAUAACAACAACAACCACUACUCCAGCAAGAAGAGGAAGAGCAGUAAGCGAUCUAGCGGGCGGGCCAGCGGAAGGUCCAGCCCUAACUCGGCACAGCGGAGCAGUCCGACCCGCAACUCCCGGAGUCCCGUGACCAGCCCCACUCGGCGAGCUGGUGAUAGUGACGAGGACAACGCGGCCAGGGGCAGGAGCCUGGAGAAAAAACUCAGUUAGAACUGGAAGGCGAUGUCAAACAACACACCAGCCCACCACAAGCGAUGGACAGAGAUCCAGUCCAGCAUCGAGGCUCAGGGAAACUACGAGCUGACCACACCGGAGCUCACGUACGGCGCCAAGCUAGCCUGGAGGAACGCCCCGAGGUGUAUUGGACGCAUCCAGUGGUCCAAGUUACAGCAGCAAUGUGUGAAGCUGGGCUGGAAACCUAAGUACGGCAUGUUUGAUGUUCUACCUCUGGUUCUGUCGGCCGCAGGUUCGGAUCCGGAGUGGUUUGAAAUUCCCCCAGAGCUUGUUCUGGAAGUGAACAUGAAACAUCCCAAACACCCGUGGUUCGCGGAUCUGGGCCUCAAGUGGUACGCCCUCCCUGCUGUGUCCGGCAUGUUGUUUGACUGCGGCGGCCUGGAGUUCCCGGCAUGCCCCUUCAACGGCUGGUACAUGGGCACUGAGAUCGGCGCCAGGGACUUCUGUGACGCCAACCGUUACAACAUGAUGGAG